CGCUGCGCGGGGCCGUUUCCAUGGCAGCGGGAGCCAACAGGGGGGUGCCGCCAUGAGCCCGCCCGAGGUGGAGCCGCUCGUGUGCCGCAAAUACGAGAUCAAGAGGCGCCUGGGCAAGGGCGCCUAUGGCAUCGUCUGGAAAGCAAUUGACCGCAAGACAGGAGAAACUGUUGCUAUUAAAAAGAUUUUUGAUGCUUUCAGGAACAGAACAGAUGCUCAGAGAACAUUUCGAGAGAUUAUGUUCCUGCAGGAAUUUGGAGAACAUCCAAAUAUCGUCAAGUUGCUCAAUGUUAUCCAAGCAGAGAAUGACAAGGACAUCUACCUCAUCUUCGAGUCUAUGGAGACAGAUUUACAUGCUGUGAUUAAGAAGGGGAAUUUGCUGAAAGACAUCCACAAGUGUUACAUUCUCUAUCAACUCCUGAAGGCAACUAAAUUCAUCCACUCAGGGAAUGUUAUUCACAGGGAUCAGAAGCCGUCCAAUGUCCUGCUGGAUGGACAGUGCUGUGUGAAGCUGUGUGACUUUGGCCUGGCCCGUUCCCUGUGCCAGCUGAGCGAGGACCAGCCCAGCCCUGCGCUCACUGAGUACGUGGCCACGCGCUGGUACCGAGCCCCCGAGAUCCUGCUGGCCUCUCGCAAUUACACUAAGGGUGUAGACAUGUGGAGCAUUGGCUGUAUUCUUGGAGAGAUGCUGCUUGGGAAGCCUCUUUUUCCUGGAACAUCAACAAUGAACCAAAUAGAGCAGAUCCUGAGGGUCAUCCCUGCUCCAUCACCAGAAGAUAUUUUGGCUCUGCAGUCAGAGUACAAGGCCUCAGUUAUUAACCACAUGAGCUCCCGGCAGCGAGUAGCAUUUGAGGAGAUUUUCCCAUCCUCUACUCCACUGCCUGCCUUGGAUUUGCUGAAGAAACUUCUGGUAUUUAACCCUGACAAACGACUCACAGCAGAGGAAGCUCUACAGCAUCCUUACGUGAGCAGAUUCCAUUGUCCUUCCAGGGAGCCCUCUUUGGAUUUUGAUGUGAUCCUUCCUUUGGGUGAUGAUGUUCAGCUGUCUGUGGCAGAAUAUAGAAAUAAAUUAUAUGAGAUGAUCCUUGAAAAGAAGUCAAAGAGCCUUCCAAAGGAGCAAGGGCAGAGAGAAAACAUUCAGCUGAGCCAGUCUGAAUCCAGCACACUUCUCCCGGGCUUCAGCUCAGUGACUGUACCCACCAGAAAAGGCCAGCAAGAACCAACACCCCCUCUUCUAAACCCUUCACCUGUGCACACUGGGGCCACAGCUGGAGUCCAGCCAACAGGAUCCAGCCAGAGCAAGGAUUUGGCCAGAACUGUGUGUCAGAGAUCGAAGAGUAGUGUGAUGAUGUACAACCCCAUCACACACACCACUGUGCAGAGAAAUGUAAAUCCCAGUGCUGGGAUCAGGAACUGUUCUGCACCACCUCAACAGUCCACAAUUUCCAACAAGGAGAAACUAGGGAGACAAAUCACAUGGCCACACACUCGGCUCUCUCCUACAGGCGUGCAGAACCUUUACAAUAAUCCCAGAAACUCUCAGUGUCACAGCAAAGAUGUUCGUCCCCUUCUGAAGUCCAGUAAAAAGAUGUUCCAGAUCACUGCAAAUGUGGGAGCUGCAGGUGAUCCAAGGGCAUCCAUGGGCAGCUACUCCCAGGCCUAUGGAACCAUCAGCAAAUCUGCACUGCAGAAUCUUCCAAUUGCAAAGGCUUCCAAAAACCCUCAGCAGUGACUGUGGAGAUGUUCCAGACAGGUGAAGUAAAGCUCAUCCCUCAGCCCCUGACUAAGCAAGGGCAGCAGGGGAGAGCAAAAUAUGAGGAAGUGCUUUAAUCAAUGCUUAGGGCAAUGUCCUCCUUUCCUCUGGACAAGCUAAUAGGAAAGGGAAUCCAACCCCUCUGCCUUCCAGUCAGCAUUCAAGGACACAGCCUAUUUACUCUCACAGCCUGAGAACAGUGAAUGCUGUCAGCUCAUACUCCUUGCUUGAAUUACUGAAAAAAAAUCACAGAAAACUGCAUUAUUCUGAUACUUGAGUAGUUUUUAGACAUAUUCUGGGUCCAGGGGAACCUCCUGCAUGAGCCCAACAAGGCCAAGUGCAAAGCCAAGAGAAUGCUCUGAGGGGUUGAGCCCCUCUGCUCUGGAGACAGGCUGGGAGAACUGGUGUCCAGCCUGGAGGAAAGAAGGCUCCAGGAAGACCUUUGAGCCCCUUCUAGCGCCUAAAGGGACUCCAGGAGGGCUGGAGAGGCACUUGGGACAUGGGCUGGGAGUGACAGGACACGGGGGAAUGGCUCUCCACUGCCAGAGGGCAGGGUUAGAUGGGGCAUUGGGAAGGAAUCCUUCCCUGUGAGGGUGGCGAGGCCCUGGCACAGGUUAUCCAGAGGAGCUGUGACUGCCCCAUCCCUGGAUGUGUUCCAGACUUGGAGCAACCUGGGAUAGUGGAGGCUGGGGUUGGGACUGGGUGACCUUUAAAAGGUCCCUUCCAGCACAUUCUGGGAUUCUUCUGCAGUCUGCCUAAAUGGUGGACACUCUUUUGAACAGAACAGUAACUGUUCUCUGAAGACCAUGAAGACCUAACUCUUGACAGAUAACUUACAUCCCUUCACUCAUUUCUAUGACUGUUCUAGGCUAGAUGAACAGAAUUCAUUAUGGUCUGGUUUUGUUAAAAUCACGUAGAAAAGCAUUUUAAAUACAGGCUCUUCUACAAUAUCUAACAGCUUCUCUGGUGUGUAAUAUUGUAAUAAUAAAUCCUUUAUAUUGCACUGCAGAAAAUCUUUUGUCUUUCAAGCAGCAUUUGCUGUGUCUUCUUUAAUGAAUAAUUGUUAGUGUUUAUUGUUUUUGCUUUCAGAAAGCAAAGUUUCAUGAGAUACUAUUGCUGAGACAUCAUAAAGGUGCUGCCAGUCUACAGUGGGACUGCAGGAAUCUUUAUAUUCCUGUUUCACUUAUGAUUUUGGAUACAUUUUCCUCAUUAACUUGAAGCUCUUGUCUCUGUCCCUGAGGUUUUACUCUACCUGUGAUGAAUGAUUGUUAUUACCCCUCAGCUCUCUCAACUGCUCAUGCUGCUCCAGACCUGUCACCUCAUGAACGGCAGUUACACAGUCAAUGAAGUCACUACUUGGCCAAGGCAGGACUUGACUUUAGAUGCUUAUUUAAACUCAGAUUCACCUGAAAAGGCCUCCUAAAACCAAGCCCUUCUCCAAGCACUUCAGCAUCUUCAGCUCAGCCCCUAAAGCAAGUAGCUCUCUAUGCACAAGGGAACAAACCACAAGCAAACCAGACCCUGCAGGUUCAGGAACUGAUAAAUACUGAAGCUGGGCCUGUGCUGCUGGAGAAGAUCAGAACCACAGAUUAGGCCAAGACAUUGAUUACAACUUAUUCUUUUUUAAUGUAAACCUUCAAAAAGGUGCCUCCUGUGUGUGAUUCAUUGUGAUAUACAGAAAAAGAGUAACUUCACCUAAGAAACCACUGAGAUUUAAAUACUUUUUUCAGUUAAUACCUCUGUGUGUAUUUAUCUUUUCUGGCCGAAAUUCAAAUAUUAAAUUUUCUGUUUUUCUUUUUUUCCCCUGAAAUUUAAAUGGUUUUGUCUGCUGAAAAUAUUCCUUGGGUUUAACAGAGACUAUCACUUAGUUCUGUACAGUAACAGAGACGUGUUUUUUAAGCAUGUUGUCAUUUUAAUUGUUUUAUUUGGAACAUACUGUGAUAAGGUUGUUUGAUACCACCUGACUAUUGAGCAAACUGUGCCGUGGGAGGCUCAUGCUGGAUGCAUUUCUGCUCACUAAC